AUGCGCCUACUUCACCCUUUCACCGGCCUCCUCGCGCUCGCCGACGCACUCGGCAUCGAACCCGAGCGUAACAACCAGCCUUCUACUAUCUCUCCGGAUCGCUCUCGUAACACACCAUACGGAACCCCUCCGGCCAUUUCUCCCCUCUACCCCCUCACGCCUUCCGCAACCCACUCCGCCUCCUCUACCCAAUCGCUCCUACCCACACCAUCCCCCUCCUCCUCCCCAAACACAACCACCGCCUGCACGCACCCCUCGGCCACAAACACCAACCUCCUCACCAACGGCGCCUUCGCCCUCGCCGACGGCGCCGGUUGGACCAUCACCGGCAAUUUCUCCUUCCUCCCCGGCAAAUGGCCCAGCUACGGCAUCGACUCCGUCCCCAGCACGUCGUCGUCGUCGUUCGACGCCAACAACGACGACGGCGACGACGGCACAGCCAACGCUUUCUACGCCAACGUCCGCGCGCCGGAGAGGCGCCAAGUCACGCUGGCGCAGGACUUUGAAAGCAACGGCGGCGGCGGCGCUGGUGGUGGGAGUAAGUUGUAUUUCGGCAUCGAGUUGAGGGCGAGUCGGGAGGAGCCGCCGGCGCGGGUGGGGUGCGAGUAUUAUUACGAUUCUGGUGGCGGGGAGGAGGUGGUGGAGGAGUUGGUUGAGAGGCAGGUGCCGGUGCCGGUGGAGAGGGGGGCGUGGGCGCGGUGGGGGACGGUGUUUGAUGAUGGUGGUGGUGGGGGCGGUGGUGGAGAAGGGAGACGGGGCGUGAGGUGCAGGAUUGUGGUGGAGGAGGGGGAUUUCGACGGGAAUGAGGAUGUGACGGUUUUUGUUAAGAGUGUUGUUGUGGCUGGGUGCGACUAG